GUUGCCAGACAGUUACAGCCUUCAGUUAUAUGGAUUGGAGAUACAGAAAAAACAUUCUACAAAAAGGUACCUAAAACUGAAAAAGAGAUGGAACCUAAACGUUUGAAAAAACAACUUCCCAAAAUUUUGAAAACUCUAAAAAUUGAAGAUCGAAUUUUAAUCAUUGGAACCAGUAACCGGCCAUUUGAUGCAGAGAUCAAAUCCUUCUGCAAAGUUUAUAAGAAAAUAAUUUUGGUGCCGCGGCCAGACUAUGCUUCAAGAUUUGUUUUAUGGAAAUACUUCAUUCAGCAAAAUGGAGGGUUUCUCUCCAAACAUCUAAAUAUCAGUUGCCUGGCACAGGUUUCUGAUGGUUAUGCUCAGGGAUCCAUUCUCCGAGCAGUUCAAGCAGUCCUAACUGAAAGACGUCGAAUGCAGCUGAGUAAGAAGCCACUGACUGCUGUUGAAUUUCUAACUUGCCUAGCAAGACAGGAUCCAGUGUACAAAGAAGAGGAAGAAACAUUUAAGGUUUGGUAUGCAAAGACUCCUCUAGGAAAAGCACGAAUCAAGUCACUGACAGAGACGGAAGAUACUGGAAAGGGAAAAGGAAAAGGAAAAGGAAAAGACAAGGGAAAAGAAAAGGAUAAGGAGAAAAAGAAGGAAGGCAAAAAAACAAAAAAAUAGAAAUGGUCUUAAUAGUCAUCAUAGUUAAUUUAAAGGAGAACCUUUUCUUGGAAUGCAGGUUUUCUACUUGAUUCCAGUAAACAGAUCAUAUGUAAAAGUGCUCUUGAAAAACAUAGGCAAAACAUCUGUAUGACAUUUAGUUCCUUCAAACUACUGUACUUUUCUUUUAUUAUGCAAACUAUUUUAAAGUUACUUAGAUUUUGGUAGGAUUUAUCAGUUUUAAAAUAUAGUAAUUGAAAAUAUGUCUACAAAUGUUAAAUUACACAUUUUAGAGUAUUUAUGCUUAUGAGCUUUGCCCAGUGAGAGAGCAACAUAUCUAUUCAAUCCAUAUAUAGCUUAGAAGUGGUUUAUUUCUUCUUUCCUGGUUGGACAUGAGAACUAUGUAAUAAUCUGUUCCACUGGUAAUCUACAUGUAUCCUCUGUAUCCUCUGGGAUAGGUCUUUCCUUAGCCCUACAGGGAGUUGCAGGCUUCUGCAUAGAAGAAGACUGUAUAUUUAUAACUCACAAAAUUUGUAAAACACUGAUAAAUUACUUUUUCCAAUAAAUUUUUUAGAAUUCAAAA